AUGAAUUCUCUAAUACGACAUCGAACAACUCCAAGCCAAGUCCAAUACUUGGAGCAAUUUUUUGAGCACGAUGAUUUCCCAGAUGGUCCAACACGAGAACGCAUUGCACAAACAUUAAAAAUGCCAAGCAAAAGUGUUCAUAUUUGGUUUCAAAAUCGUCGCGCUAAACGUAAACAAGAAGAACGUACUCGUCAGGAAAGAUUAGCUUAUGGAUUUAUAGAAUCCGGGUCAUCCAAUUUGAAUCGGACAAAUCUGGAAUCGCUUUCACCUAAAGUCGAUAAAGCUAAAGAUUGCUCGCAAGAAAAAGUGCGCCUUCCUCCAAUUGAUCAUAUAAUCCCGAAAGGUCUUUUAGAUGCACCAACCGCCACCGCAGUAACUAAUCGCAAUUCUGGCACUAUAAAAUCAGAAUAUAGCAAAAACGGUUCUCGAUCUUUGCAAAGUAUUCAUCAUCAUAGUUCUUUUAUUAAGCCUUUAUCCGAUAAAGACAUAAAUAAUGAUAUUGUAACAGAAAUCAUAAAGCCAAUUCCAAGAUUUUCUCCACUCACAGAAUCAACAUUUACAGCUAUUAAUGUUAAUUCAAAUUUUCAUCAUCAUCAACCCCCUCCUCCUCAUAUUUCUCUCUUGCCACUAAGCAAUAUAUCAUCGUCAAACAGCGAGAAAACUAUUGUUGGGGAUUCCGAAGAUGGAAAUGACGCAAAGAAAGAGGCUCAAAAACGAAACAAUAAUAUGGAUAUUGCAUUGUUGUUGGAUUAA